UCAGGGGUUCAAGGGUCAUUGUAUUAGCGACUGUGCGAGGAGCUAGGGAUACUAUGCAACGUGUUCCGAGCAGUUUCCGUUCUACGUGCAUUCCGCCGGCACCACCAAGAAACCCUGUAGAGAGCACCAAUGACAGCAGUACAAUUAGCAAGCUUUCUGCUUGCGAUGCAGGAUAUUUUGCCGACAGAUAUUUGAAGUACUUUGUUGAAAGAACCUCCCGAAGAGCACCACUCAUUAACUGGCCAUAA